AUGCUUGAAGUCCGAGACACUUGGAGCAUGGUGAAACUGCUUCGACCGUUAGACCUGGCUACUGACUUGAAUCUUUUGUAUGGAAUCAAAGUAUUCACUGUUGGGCCACAACUGGAUUCUGUGCAGUACCUUGAACAUGAAUAUCUCUUCGUGGUUUUUGAGAACCCAUAUUCUCAUUGGAAUGGAUCACGGAUCACGACUUGUCCAGGAAUCAGGAAAGAAAGAAUACUCAAAAACGAACUGAAUUAUGUCAAGACUCAGGAGUGUUGUGAUAUUCAUUAG